CUAGUCUGGAACACGCGCGGCCACACUUGGUUCAUGUAAAUUUAGAGUGUCCGUUUUCACCUUGAGCCGCCGGGUAGUCUGACGCACGCGAACAAGUUUUUUCAGGUUUAAUUUUGUUUUACUUUAUUUAUUUAUUAUUAUUUUAUUAAUUUUUUUCGUAUUUUGGGAGAAUCGAUUUUUUUUUUCUUUUUCAGUGUUUUCGUUUUUUGUUUUUGCCUUCUUCUGGGGCCAAGGAGCAAAAUGAGAAUGAGACCUGAAAUAUUUUAAGCAAAAUUUUAAGAAAAUUUCCCUAGACGACAAUGAUAGCGACCGAAUUAAGAGAAAGUGUAGUGAUAUUAAUUAGGUCGUUCGGGGAACUUCAAAUUUCCCAGCUACGUGGAUUACCGUUGAAUAACUUGGAUUCAUCGGAAAUGAAGAGACAAGCCAGAUUGCAUAAGGAAUCAUGUGCCAAUAAUUAAAGAAGGUGUUUCUUCUCGCAAUUGGAUGCCAAAGAACAAAACAAUGACGGGGAAUGCCAAUACGACUUUGAGAGGAAACAUAAUGUAUAAAAUUAAUUUUCAGCACGCUUAAUCUGCUUCGAGAAAGAUUUCCUCGUAGGAUGAAUCAAUUAAUUUGUACGGUGACAGCUUACCCAUUUUCAUGAGAUUUAAUAUCUAAGUGUCUAUGGGGGAAGUUAAUAACAUCGAGCGUAUAUAGAGCAUUUUCUGGGAACUCGUCAUAAGGAGAAAAUACUUAACCUAGAUGCAUCUUUACUUACCUUUCAUGAGCUACUUGCAUGCUUACCCUAAUUGGUUCUUGAUAUUCGUCAUUACCUCAUUAGCUUUAAAUUUGAUCGUGCCAUAACGAGUUUGCGCCAACAAGUGUAGUAUAUAAAGACUGGAGUGUUGCAAUUUCACCAAAGCAUUCUGUCGUUUCACCUCGGCAAGAGCAAUACUUUCUUCUGUUUCCAGAAUGGGCCACUUUACGUUUCCAGUUUUACUAGCAUUGUUCUGCAUAGUUACUGCCGAUUUUCAUCUACCCGAUGAAGAAGGAUUCAUGCCUGGCUUUUUACAAACAGGGCUAUUCCCACCGGUGGCUUCGUUGCCAAACGUGGGAGAUGUCCCACUAUCACCGGCGGUUCCACUGCCACCCGUAGCAGAUUUUCCACUACCACCGGCGCUUGCACUUCUAAAAGAACUAAAUGAAGAUCCUUUGAUGGUCAAUCAAGUUAACGAGUUAGAAAUGUAUAAGCAUGCUUCGUUACCCGCAUUAUCCCAGGUGAACCAGUUGUGUAACAUUAUGAGAAACUGUAAUGCUUACCCAACUACCAUGCUUGCCCCUCCCGCUCCGACUGAUUACUAUGCUGCUGCACCGGCAUCGUACUCAAUCACUACUCCGCGUGCUCCCGCACCAAUGACAAGCUAUGUCGCUCCGGCACCUCCUUCCUAUCCAACUCCAGCUCCACAAGCUCCCGCAACUAUGCCAAUCUAUGCCACUCCAGCACCUCCAUCCUAUCCAGCUACUAUCCCGAACGCACCGGUCGCUAUGCCAAGCUAUGUUGCUCCGGCAACUUCAUCCUAUCAAGCUCCUACACCACAGGCUCCCGCAGCCGUGGCAAGCUAUGCUGUCCCAACACCUCCAUCCUAUCCAGCCACUACCCCACGUGCUCCCGCAGCUAUGCCAAUCUAUGCCGCUCCAGCACCUCCAUCCUAUCCAGCCACUAUCCCGAGCGCACCGGCCGCUAUGCCAAGCUAUGUUGCUCCGGCAACUCUGUCCUAUCCAGCUCCUACUCCGCAAGCUCCCGCAGCUAUGCCAAUCUAUGCCGCUCCAUCACCUCCAUCCUAUCCAGCCACUACUCCAAGUGCUCCGGCUACAAUGCCAAGCUAUGCUGCCCCAGCACCUCCAUCCUAUCCAGCCACUACUCCGCGUGUUCCGGCUCCAAUGCCAAGCUAUGCUGCCCCAGCACCUCCAUCUUAUCCAGCCACUACUCCGCGUGUUCCAGCUCCAAUGCCAAGCUAUGCUGCCCCAGCACCGCCAUCCUAUCCACCCACUACCCCGCGUGCUCCGGCUCUUAUGCCAAGCUAUGCCGCUCCAGCGCCGCCAUCCUAUCCAGCAACUACUCCUCGUGCUCCCUCACCAGCUAGUUACUCUUCAGCCCCAGCUCCGAGUGCUCCUUCUCGUCCGUACCCCAUCACAGUCACCGCCACCUAUUAAUAAAAAAUGACUUCUCCUGUUCAAAUCGAUGCAUCAAAUAAAACAUGUUAUGAGUCAAAAUGA